CGGUUUCACUGCGCAUGCGCCCUUCGUAUUUAAUUUUUCACAUGUACAAAAUUUGUUUUGGAUGGCGGUUAUCUGAAAUCUGAAAUUAUAGACAAACUGCAUAAAAGGAUCAGCAUGUCAAUAAAUUAGGAACAGAAUGAGACCAGGUGUAACCCCACACCAUAUAACACCUUUACUUCCUUUUAAUCAUGGUGUUACAGAUUAUGAUGUUGGUGGAUUUUCUGGAGUUAGCAAAGAUGGAAAGUUUUUGUGGUUAGUCAGAGGUCCAGUGAUAGAGGUACUAGAUUCAGCCUCUAGGAGACGUUUAGCAGCAUGGGCAUUCGGUGUCACUAUCAAAGACACACACAGCUACAUCACAUGUGUCAAGGAAUAUUGCUAUGGCAACAGUCCCAAACUGUUGGUGGGAGUAUGCAAUGCCCAACAGACAAGCAUGUUAGGCGUACUAGACUUGCAGAGCUCAAGGUUGAGCAAGGUCAUUGAAAUACCUCACAAGAUUAAUAGCGUUGAGGUUGUCACCAAUGUAGGAGGAGACUUUAUUCCAAUGUGGGCUUUAAAUGACCAACUAAGAUUAUUUGAUGGAAUAAUUGCUGUGGGGACCAUAUCCGGUAUUGUUUAUUUAAUAGAUAUGUGUAUGGAUGAGAACCUUCAAUCAGAUGAGGUAAUGCCUUCCAAGUUACAGUACAUUACACCGAGAUCCAGAGACACGGCUGAUCGGCGUAGACAAGCUAUUGCCAAAAGAAAUCACCUUUGUCUUGUGUUAGAUGAAGAAUCUCAUGGCAAUUUAUUUAAAUAUAGAAGAUGCGAUGGCACAGAACUUAAAUCUUUUAAUCCAAGUGACGUUAUAGUAACAUGUUUAAAGUAUAUACCACAGAUAGGGACACUGGUUGUAGGCUUUAGUUUUGGAAGCUACCAGUUGUGGAAAUUGAAUGUUCCUGUCUUAGAAUACAGUUCAAGAGUUGAGGAAGACAAUGGAUCUGUCCUACAUGUGGCCUACCAGGAACCAGAAAAUGAUCCUAAAAACUUCUGUUAUCUAUGGAUUAUCAGAGGUUGUGAUAGUGAAGAUGAAGAGACGAUAUCAUCUGCAGCUCUGUAUCAGUUAGCUUACAACAAGAAGACUUGGUAUAGUAAUUAUGGUGCUUUUUAUGAGGAAUUGACCUCUGUCAGUUUGAGAUUCGAACUUGAAAUGACUGCUAACUUGUUCAAUGGUGCAUCUAAUACAACAGUUUCCAGUAGAGCCAUCACAGGAUAUACGUUAGAAGAUCCAAACUAUAAACCUCCUGCCAAACUCCAGGAGGAGGAAUCUUUUGAAGAAAGUGUUCAUGGUCCUGAUUUGAGUCGUUGUCUCUUUGUUUGGGAGUCAACAGAAAACAGUCAGAAGACUUACCAAAUGGCAGUGUUUGAUAUGAACAGGUGGUAUCAUGCUCAGAUGCCAGCUACUCUCAGGGGUGUUGGAGGCAGCCUGGCCACUUGUUCAUAUCUAUCUAUACACUCUCUUGACGAAGCUGUUGGCAACUCAGCACAUGAUGAAUUAUUGGCUGUGCACAUCUUGACAAACAGCUUGAGGAAAUUUAUCAACACCUCUCCUUUGCCACCAGAACAACACUUUUAUCCUGCAUCUCUGGCAUUUGAUGCUUUGCUGAUAAUGGAGUCUGGUUUGAUAAAAUGUCAAUUCCUUGGUACACAGAGACAGGUUUUAGCUAGCAUGGAGAAGAUAGGACCAUCAGUCUUACUAAACUGCAAGGAACAGUAUAAUUUGUGUAUCUUAAUGGGUUUACUGCCUCGGCCAUUAGACAUUUCAUCUCACAACCCAACCACAGCACAGAUGAGGGAGCAGUUAUUAACCAUGGCCUUAGAAUAUAACAUGUUACCGUUUCUAAAUAGAUGUAUACAAGACUGGUCCCCUGGAGCGGUUUACUAUCAUCAAUAUGUUCAUCAUGGCUGCACAUUGAAGUUUGUUUUAGACUGGGCAUGGAGUCGUGUGGUACAUAUUAAAAAUACAAUAGAUAAUACAUGUUCACCUUUAUAUGAUUGGUCAGUGGUUACUUUAGACACAAGGUCAAUGCUGACGUUACAUCAUGCGUAUCAGAAACUGUCUCAUCUCGCAGCUAUUUUUAGACAUCUUCUAAAUCAAGGAUUAUCAACCACUGAGCAAGGUUUUAUACAGUUACAGAGUAAAUUGAGUGUGGUUCUAUAUAUCAGUCAGCAUUUGAAGGUUGUAAUGUGGUUUGUCAGAGCAGGACUAUUACCUGAACAUGAUGAAUUAGAUGAGCAUUUACUGCCAGGGCAAUAUAGCUACCCAGCAGCUAAUUUGAUGCAGGCCUUUGAACAUCGGAGACAGGAACUCCAGAAACUACACCAUGAUAUUGGUGAAACAGAUUUGUUACUAAUUGAUGGCAUGGUUAAUAACAUGGGUCCUGCUGUCAGUGAUUUGUGGAUAAAGGAAGGUGGGAGUGGAUUGUAUCCACCACCAAGUUUACACGCACUACUUAAUGUAUACCUUCUGGAAGGGAUAGACUUAACAAUGAAAAAUGCUUUAGUGCUGUACUCUUUGUUGGACCUGGUGUCACUUGUGGACCCUACACAACAUGAACAAUUUUCUCAGAAGAUUUGUAAGUUUACCAAGUCACAGUGUAUCCCGAUAUCUGUAGUAAAGUUAGUUCAAGGCUUUUGGCUGCUGGAUCAUAAAGACUUUGAGGAAUCCAUGGUUGUUAUACUUGACCCUUUAGUGACCAGGAGUUUGGGUGACUGGCAACACUAUAGAAUCAUCAGGUCUCUAUUAUACCAAGGAGACUGCAAAAUGGCAUUGCGCUACAUUACUUAUAAGCAGUCACCAUUAUCGUCACCUGAAGAAGUCAAAAUAAAACUGACAGUAUUAUUGGCUAAUGGAUUGACAGCUGAGGCUCUAGAGUACCAGAGAACAUACAGAGAUGAAGAUAAUAUGGAAGAUAUGUUACAACACCUGUUUCAAGGAUGUCAACAAACUAAAACUAUGGAUCAGUUACUGCAGCUGCCGUUGACAGAGAAUGAGGAACGUCAGCUAAUUAGAUAUCUUACUGACAGUAAAGAACCACACUCCCUGGAACUACUGGUUUUACACUAUCUACAGAGGGCCAGAUAUGUUGAGGCCAUACAACUCAACGAGAAGUUAAAACAUGCAGUUAUUUUUGAGCCAGCGUCCAAAGCUCGUGAGAGAGCAUCAGCAAGAAAUGCUAUGGUAGAUGGUUUCCUGUCUGUUCUCUCUGCAGUGCAGAGAAAAAUGGUGUUUGAUAAUCAGAGUUUACCAAAGAAAAAAACAGCUAAACUGAGGGAAGUGAAGAAACCAAAACCAUUGUCUACAACAGUUACAAAGAACAGUCAUGCUAAAAUUGUGUCAAGGUCAAAUCUCUUCCUGGAGAUCUUAGAAAGAGUUCAAGAGGUUAAAUUUGAAGAUGAGGCUGAAACAAAUGACCAAGAAGAGUCUAAAGUAGGACCAUUUGUGUGUACGCCUGUUACACCAAGGUCAAGGUCUUUCUUUGGACAUAAACAGCCAGUUGUUUACAUGACACACCAAGAAAGUACACAGAUGUCUUCACCAUGGCAACCAUCUGUGCAAGCUGCAGUUACUCCUUACAACCUGUCAAAAAUGAUGUCACCUGUAUCUACUAAAAGAAAGAGCAAGAUAUGUGGGGCUGAUGCCUUAAGUAUGUUACAGACACCUGUACCACAGAGAAAGUCACUUUCUAGGUCAAGGACAUCAUCAUCUGUACCAGCUACACCUCAGUCUAUACUUAAAGUCCGUCAGUUCAUCUCUAACAAAAAUCCACAGAUUUCUCCAUCAGAGUGUAUGGCCAAAGUUUGUGAAGAAGUACCAGUCAUAUCAGCACCUGGAACUCCUCGUUCUGUUUCCUUCCGAGAAGCUACAAUACCAGCAACACCAAAACAACUGAGAUUCGUAGAGCCACAGGCAGAGGUCACAAAGGUCAAAACACCACAAUCAUGCUUAAAAAGUCACAAAUCAAUACUAAGGUCACCACCAAGUCCAAAAUCAGUGAAAGAUAGAAGCCCAACUCCAGAAAGUAUAUCAAGGUCCCCUAAACAUAAAUCAACUUUGGAUAUACUACAGAGACCACCACUCCAUGAAACGGAGCGUCCUAAUACCAGCCAUGAACAGCGAUCACUUGAGGAAGACACAGAAACUGAUGAUAGUGUCAUGAUAGUGGACAAAGAUAUAACAUUUAAUUAUUCUAAGAAGUCUGAAGCAGAGGUGGAAGCUAAAGACAGCAGUACUGAGGAGGUUGAUGAACGACCUAACUUCCUUGAACAGCCUCCAGCCCCUCCUGCUCAAGUAACUUCUCUUAAAAAGUCAGUGAUGCUGACCAGUCCCGUUAAACUUAGACAUAGUCCACUUAAAACUACCGCUGCACCAAGAUCUCCUACAGUCAAGUUGACAAAAUCACCGGCAAGAGGAAUGAUGCCGCCAAAGUUUGAAUUCCCAGAUGAGGAAUUCCCCGAACAAGAACGUAGCCCUCGGGUGAAAUUUGUGGAGAUGGACAGUGGAAACAGUCAAUCAAUAGAAACAGCUACUCAAUCCAGUGAACCAAUAGAAAUUGAUGACACAGAUGAGGAAGAUGUUAACACAAAUAAUGAAAAGGCGGUUUCGUUCGGUGGGGUUGUAGAACACGGAAAUUCGAUACACGAGAUUGAUGAUAGCUUGUCUUCAGAUGAAGAUCUAGAUGACAAAAUCAACGAGAUUGAGAACAGAAUAACUGAUCUGGCUCAAGAAGAAGAUCUAGAGGAAUAUGCAAUGGAGGACAGAGAACUCAAACCACAGAGAUUGUUUCAAAAGAAAAAUCGAUCCGUUUCCAUAAAAUUUGUAAUUCCAGAUAGUAGUUCGGGUUUAAAGGAAAGUAUUCAAGUUUCGGUUGAAAGUGUUUCUGAUGAUGUUACUAGCUCAGAUAAAGAGGAGACUCACAUCUCGUAUGACGAAAAUGUACCAUUAGUUUUAUCUUCUUUUGAGAAAGAGGAGGACUCAUCAGUUUCUGGAGGUGAAGCCAAAGUUACAACUACUGGAGAAGAAGAUGAAAAUUUACAUCUUGAGUUGAGUGAUGAAGAUGAGGUUAUGGAUGUAGAUGAUGGUCAGAUUCGUUCAAGCCUAAAGGAGUCAAGUCAUUCUGAAUCGGAAGCAGCCUUGAUCAAUGUCUAUUCAAGUUUUGUUGAUUCUUUGUCAAAGGAUGCUCUCGAGUCAGAAGAUAAUAAGGAUGAAGACGGGAACCAGUUACAAGCAACUGGUAUUGAUGUAGAGGAAGAAGAUACUUUGCCUGAUGGUGACCAGCUAAAUGAUGAAGAUGCUACUGAUAUUGACAAUGCAGAGAAAGAGAUAGACAGUGAUUCACUAGGACAGGACAACAAGGAACCAGUUAGUGGAGGAGAUUCUGAAUUGCCUCCCUUGAUAGAAAUAGAGGAAAGUUGUUUUGAUGAAAAACGUCUUUCUACUUUGUUAGAAAAUGAAGAUAAUUCUGAUAAUGAAGUUUUAGACGAAAAAAAAUCAACUGAUAAAAGUUCACGUCCUCACAAACCUCGAACAAGGAGUGAUUCAUUGUCAGAAGAGCCAGAAUUACGUAGAUCAUCAAGACGUUUGUCCUCUAUGUCAACAGUUGAAGAAGCUGUAUUGCCCAUUUCUAAAUCACCUGGCCGUAAAAAGAAAGUAGAAAUGAAUUCUUUGAUCGAAUCUAGUGACUUGGAAUUACGCAGGUCUUCAAGACGUUUGUCCUCCAUGUCAACAGUUGAAGAAGCAGAAAUUGUAUUGCCUGUUUCUAAAUCACCUGGCCGUAAAAAGAAAGAAGUCAUCAAAGAACCACCUAAGUCUCCAGGAAGAAGAAAGAGUGUUCUAAACACUGAAUCUGAGGUCAUAGAAAGUGACAUUGUUAUUAAAUCUCCUGCUAGAAGAGGAAGAAAAGGUCCUCAGGAUGAAGAUGCUAAUUCAAAAUCUCCUAGUCGUAGACAGAGUCUUAGAAUAGCUGAUAGUGUUCAAAUAGAAACAGUAAAAUCACCCAGCCGUAGAAAAGGAACAAAAAAAGCUGAAGAAGAAAAUUUAGAACAAGGCGUCUCUGAAGAAGAAGACCUACAAAAAGUGCAAUCACCAAGUCGUAGAAGUACAAAAACUGUCGACUAUAAAGGAAUGACAUCACCAAGUAAUAGAAGGAACAAAAGUAAAUCACCAGAACACUCGAAAAUUGAAAUAUCCGCAUCGAAAUCUCCGGGAAGAAAAAAAUCAAAAUCUCCAGGGAGAAGAAAAAGUAUUUUAAAGGCUGACAGUGAAUCUAACAUGGAAACAAGUGAGUCAACUGUUCUAAAAUCUCCAGGGAGAAGAAAAAGUAUUUUAAAAGAUGUUGAAGAAAGUGAAUCAUCCGUUCCAAAAUCUCCUGGGAGAAGAAAAAGUAUUCUAAAGGCUGACAGUGAAACUAACAUUGAAACAAGUGAGCCAUCAGUUCCAAAAUCUCCUGGGAGAAGAAAAAGUAUUCUAAAAGGUGUUGAGAAAGCUGAAGAAAGUGAGUCAACCUUUCCAAAAUCUCCUGGGAGAAGAAAAAGUAUUUUAAAAGGUGUUGACACAAUUGAAGAAAGUAAGUCAUCUGUUUCAAAAUCUCCUGGGAGAAGAAAAAGUAUUUUAAAAGAUGGAGAUGAGUCCAACAGCAUUCUUAAAUCUCCUGGAAGAGGAAGAAAAAAAGGCACAAAGAUUUUAGAUGAGGAUAACACCGAGAGUGAACAUUUAGUGUCUGAAAACAAUACAAAUAAGGAAGACAAUGACAAAAUUAAUGUGAAGAAAUCACCUGGUAGGAGGAAAAAGCAGACAGAUUCAUUUACGGAGGUCAAGUCUCCUUCUAGGAGAUCAGUAGCAUCAAGACAACUGUCGGCUGUUUCUGAUGAAAGUUUGUCAUCAAGGAGGUCAUUAAGGUCACAGUCACCCAUGUUAGAGGAUGAGGAUGAAAUUCCUAUUGACAUUAUAGAUCAGCAGGAAGAACAAAUGCAGUCUGAUGAAGAAAUACUGACCCCACCAGAUUCAGAAAUGGAUUCACCAAGUAAAAAUAAGAAAAAGAGUACUGUUACACCAACGAGAGGCGGAAGAGGUAGAAAAUCAACUACCCCUUCUAGAGGGUCAAAGAGAAAUGAGGAUAAAACAGAGACAUCGGAUUUAUCUGAAACAGAAUCCGUUGAAGUACCACCUGUGUUUUCAUUUUCGAAUCCAAUGGAAGUUGAUCUCCCUACUGAAGAUUUUACCAAAGUUAAAGAAGCAUCAGAAGUUCAAUCUUUCAUCUUUUCACCACCAGCCCCGCCACGAACACGUAAAUCAAGUUUCCAGGAAGAUGCUUCACAGCUUGCUGCUCAAGAACAAUCAAUUUUACUUCCUUCAACAUCAAGGGAGCAAACUCCAAUUAGGUCAAGGGAGGGAACUCCAGUAAAAUCUGUUUCAAAAAGAGGCAGACGGCGAAAAGGAUCAUCUGAUUCAGAUGUUUCUAUUCCUCUUUCGAUCCCCGAGGAACCUCCAGGCACUGCAACUGAAGAAACUGAUGUGCAGUCUGAAAGUGAACCUCCUGUUAAAAAAGAGAAAAAGACAAGAAGGAAAAAGAAACUGUUGAACUAUGAUGAGGUCAACUUAAUUAGUCCUAUCAAAGAGGAGGAAGGCGAAACAGAAGCAGAGAGACCUUUGACCCGACAAAGAUUAAGGCGUACACAGGAAAUGCCAAUAUUAACAUUGCGGGGUUCAAAAGCAACUGGGGCAUUACCAAAGAAAAAACGUGUGGCUAAGCUGUGGUGAUUUUGCAACUGUUUUUAUAGAACACAAUCAUUUGUACUACAAAAUAAGAAUUUCAGGUGCGAGAAUAUAAUAAACCAGUCUGAGAAAUGGACUGAUAAUCUCAUGCUAUCCAAGCAGGGACUUUUUUUAUAAGCAUGUCAAUAUCAAAUUUGAUUGUGUUUUACAUUAUAUGAAUGAAUUGUAAGUUCGUUUGUCAUUGUUUUUCCACCCUAGAUCACCCCAGAUUACUGAAAAUAUGCAGCUCUUUCCACCACAGAUCACCCCAGAUUACUGAAAAUAUGCAGCUCGUUAUAAUAUUUUAGCUUACCUAAACAUUGUGUGAGCUUUUGUCAUGGCUAUCCUAACAACAAACUUUACCCAGAAUCCAUCAUUCUAAAUUAGUGAUACCUAACUCUUGUAAAGGACAUCCUUUGAAUUUACUGCAGUAUUGGCUAUCUACAAAUCUUAAUAAUUUCCAGCUCAUAUUGCCAAAGGCAGUUUGCUGUAACAUGAUAGCAUUACUCCACAUCUAAGGAUCAUUAAAGACACAUUUGAAUUCUGCUUCAAAAUGACUAUUAAAAUAAAAUGUUUAAAAAGAUUCUAUUUGCAUAACGUAGAAUUUUUUACACUGUGAAUGAAUCAUGUCAGCCCCUGUGAUCUGUAAAAAUAUCAUUUUGCAUUGGACAAUAAAGAACCCCCUUUUAUCUGAAGUCCAGAAUCUGCCGCUGUGCCAGGCAUAGUAGUAAUGGUUAACCUAAUCUCAGCCGUUGUUGCAAAUCAGCAAGUAUGGCAACCAGGAGAAGAUAUAAUAAAAAUUUGGAGCUGUUAGUGAGAUAUAUUUAAAAAUUUAGAGAACCACUUAAUUCAAUGUGUAAAAUAUUGGUUUAAAGGGUUUAUGUGACAUGAAAAGUAAGGAUUAGUUCUUUCAUAUUAUGUAUAUUAUAGUUGUGCAAAUUUAUUAUAUGAAUAUGAUUAAAGAAUUGCAUCUACAUCUAAAAAGUGCUAAAAAGUAAUUUACUUUUGUUUCAAUUUUCUGUGAAUUUAAUGAAAUAGGAAACACCUUCCUUUAUUUAUUUAAACAGAAUAAAACUAUACAUUGAGGAAAUAUGGUAAACAUUUAUUUAUGUUAUAUACGUCUAGAAUUAUUUCGUGUCUCUGUAAUUUAAAAAAAAAAGCCUGUGUUUUGCUAUUGUUUAAGAGGAAUACUUGAUGUUUUAGUAGCUUCCAUAUCAGAUGAAAACAUGUUACAAUCUUGAUGCAUGGACAGAAAAUAGGUAUGAAUUUAAUUUUUUUUUACAGUAAAAUGUUACCCAUUAAGGUGGAAGACCUAGGUCAAGGGAAAUAACUCUUUAAAUCAUCAGUACGUUUGUGUCUGCUAUUUUCAUAAAUAUGUUCUAAGCUUCUGGGAUACAUAGAUUAUUUUCAAUCUGUUUCAGGUUAAUGCUUUAAAUACAUUAAUAAAACUUCACUAUUACAAACGCAUCACUGAAUUAAAGAGUUAUCUCCCUGGACCAAGGUCUACCCCCUUAAUUUGAAUUAUAAUAGAUUUUGGUAAAACAUUUGUUUUGAAAUAUGACACUCAAAGAUAUGCAUUUAGUUCUUGAACAAUUUCUUUCUUUUUUAAACUAUUGAUCUCAGAUCAUAUGUAUUAUUACAUUGUCUAUUUUACUUAUAAAUGUGAAAUUAUUGUAAUGUUUUGUAAUACAUCGUCACGAGUUCCUACCAUUUACAAUAUAGAAUUAUUGUCAAUUUAGAUAUUGAGAUACAUGUUGUUGUUAUGUCCAGAGAAAAGUUAAUGAUAAUAAACUGAUAUAUUGUA